AUGAUUAACUAAAUUUAUAAUGAAGAAAUGAGAACUAGUAAAAAACUUAAGAUCAAAUUUCAAAAGAAAGCUGGAAUGAAAGACUCUUAACUAAUUAUGCAACAUCUUGCUGAAAGUGUAGCUAGAGAAUCUCAAAAACUUGAACCAACUCCAAAUCCUUUUUUACAUGAAUCUAAAUUACAAGAACAUUUAUCUGAACGUAGAAGAUAAAGCUCAGUUCAUUAAAAUGAUUGGUUUAUGAAUGAUCAUCCAUUAGCAUAAUCUAAUUAUUUUACUCCCGCAGAUAGAAUCACUUUUGGAAGUAUUGACAAUAGAGAUAGAUCUUAUGAUCGUUUCUAAUCAAAUUGGUACAUUCUAUAUAUAUUUGUUAAGCUCAUUGAAAUCUUCUCUUACAUCCAGUCAAUUGUUUUCCAUACCAAACAAAGUUACCGAAUUAAUAGGACAUUACCCUGAAUAUUUGAAGAUCUUAUCUGAUGACAUCUAAAAUUAAAAGAGAAAAAUUUGUGUAGAUUGCAAUAGACUCAAAGAUCUUAUAUCAGAAGAAAUAGAUAAAAAACAAAAUGAAUUGCUAAAUACUUUAGAUUAAAUUCUAAUAAAUUAUGAAUCCAAUUAUCAAACAUUACAAGAUAUGGUCAAUCAAUUCAAAUAAUCAUUUUUAUAAGUUCCAUCUGCAUUAAAUAGAUCAAUCCCUGUCAAUAUUUCAUCUAUUACUAUUUUUCAUUAUGAUCAAGAUGAAAAUUAUAAAAAGAUUAAAGAAGAGAAAUGUCUCAUCAAAUAAAGAUUGUCUAAUAUAGAUUCUGAAUUAAUGAAACGAACACUUAUCUUUAUGGCUGAAGACAUGGAUAAUCAAAUUACACAUAAACCAGGUUAUAGACAUACAGAAACUCUGUAAUUAAAAUAUGAUGAAUUUUAAAAAUAACUUAUCAAUUCAAUUACAACUUAAUUGAAUGAAAUGAAUCUUGUUAUGGAACUUACACCAUAAUACAAUUAUGAACAUAUAUUAUUAUUACCUAAGGUAGAAACUGUAAUUGCCAAUAAUCGUUAAAAUGCUAUUGGAGGAGAUAGAGAUUUAUAAGAAUUGGAAAAUUUAAAGACACUUAUAUAGAAUAAAUUGAAAUCUUAAAAAUUCAAUAUGAAUAUUAGUUUAGGAUUAGGAUAGAGUAUGAAAAACUUUGGAUUAAAGUUAGAGUAUAAAUACUAAUCAAAUAAUCCUUUAUUAAGUAUUUAAGCAAUUACAGAUAAUAUUAUUGCAGUUGGAAGUAGAAAUGGAUUAGUUUAAGUAUGGGAUUUGAAAAAUAAAGAAUAAUGUUUCACAAUUCAAACAAAAUAAUCUGUCACUUGUAUGAGAGUUUUCAAAGGAUUUCAAGGAGAUUUUAAUGUAACUUCUAGAGCAAAUGCAUUAGGAGUAGAUUUAAAAGAAUAAUAAUAUCUUAUAACUGGUAAUCAAGACAUAAAAAUAUGGGAUAUUAAGACUGGAGGUAUGAUUAAAUAAUUGAAAGGAUAAGGAAAUGUAAUCACAUCGAUGUUAUGUUUAUUAGAUAAUCAUACUUUAAUUAGUGGACAUGAAGAUGGUAAGGUAUCAUUUUGGAAUGCAUAUUCUGGAAUGGUAAUGAAGAAACUUUAAGAUCAUAGUGAUUCUGUAAAUGGAAUUAUAUUAACGAAAGAUGGAAGAGUGAUUACAGGAGGUAGUGAUAAAAAUAUCAUUAUAUAUUAAAUACAUUAUGUGAGAUCAUAGAUAUAUACAAGAUAAGUAUUUGGUGAUGCUUUAAAAUAAUAAGUACUUAGAGAUGAAUGUCAAAUAUAUUGUAUGUAAGCAUCUAUGAUUGAUGAAAAUCUAUUUGUGACUGGAGGUAGUGAUUGUAAAAUUAAGAUAUGGAAUUUAAAAUCAUAGAAGAUUGAGAAAGAGAUCAUGGGACACAAAUAACCAGUAGGUGAUUUUGUUAUGUUGGAAAAUCCUUUAGAUGUUGAUAAAGAGAAGAUGUUUGCUAUUGUAUCAGUUGCAACAAGUGAAGAUGUUUUACGUAUAUCAACAUCCAUAAGUCCACUUAAUAGUGGUGUGUAUUUAAAUGAAAAGAUAGUGAAUGAAUUUGGUGCUACUUGUGGACCUCUAUUAUAGUUAAUAUAAGAUAAGGAAGGAUUAAGACUCUUAGUUGUUAAUUAGGAUGAAGAAAAUUAGAGUUUUAUGAUUUUAAAAUUACAAUGA